AUGGGAAAAAAGAGACGUGGUCCGACGCUGGACGAACUUUUGGCUCGUCCGUGGUGCUACUACUGCGAGCGUGAUUUCGAUGAUCUGAAAAUCCUCAUUUCCCACCAGAAGGCAAAGCACUUCAAAUGCGAACGGUGCGGCAGGAGGCUGAACACGGCGGGAGGACUGUCGGUGCAUAUGAGCCAAGUACACAAGGAACAGCUGUCCUCCGUCGACAAUGCUCUCCCUAAUCGAUCCAGUCUCGAUGUCGAGAUCUUCGGCAUGGAAGGUGUCCCGGAGGACGUCAUCCAGGCCCACAACCAGCGAGUCGUGACCCAGUUCCAGCAGGCGGAGGCAGAGCGGCAGGCCGUGACAGGAAACCCUCCCCCGGGAACAGGGUCUGGCGGACAGCCUGCGAAGAAGCCCAAGCUGGAGAGUGUAUCCGACAUCAAGAAGCGGCUGGCGGAACACAAAGCCAAGAAAGCCGAGGCUCGCGCGGGAGGCAGCAGUGGCGAGGCGACGCCUAUCGGCGCAGGACAAACUGGAUUUGGACAGCCUCCCGCAAGUGCGCCCGCCCCCGCCCAACCAUUCUCAUAUCCCCAGCCGUACGCAGGCGCAAGCUCUCCUUAUCAACAAACGGCAAGUCCAGUAUACCAGAACUUCUCACCAGGCGGACAACCGCAAUACCCAUCUAGUGCGCAGUAUACGCCGACUGGCUAUUCCCCACAACCGUUCCAGGGGACCCCUGGACAGCCCGUUCCGGCGUAUGGAGCCACGCCACCGCCGUUCCCACCCCAGCAGCCCGCACAGCAACCGCUGCCCCAGACGCACACCCCUCCACAGACUGCCAGCUACAUGCAACGGCAGGGCAGUCUCCCCGCGGCCCCCAGCCUUCCUCAGCGGCCAGUUGUCGGCGCCCCGCAGGUCAAUGCCUAUCAGAUGCAACAGAUGCACAUGGGACACACUGUCCAUGGCACGACAUCUCCGGCGGGCGUGUCGAACGGCGACAAAACCGCAGCGCCCGAGACGGCGCAGAUCUCCUCGUCGGUGGACGACCUGAUAUCGGGGGCAGCCAAGGCCGCGGACCAGGCGGCCACCGGUGCUCCGGCGCCGGAAGAAAAGGCCCCCAAGAAAGACAAAUCCAAGGCAAGAUUGGUGUAUUCUGACAAUGAGACCAGUCCGGAGGAGAAGAUGGCUAGACUGCCCAGGUACGCAUUCGUUCCCGAUCGCCGUGGGGAGACGGUGUUGGAAGCAGUUCCUCCUGUUGCUGUUGCCGGAGCCACGCGGGACUCGGACACGGUCGUCGAUGCUGCCGAUUAG